AUGGCGCCUGCACCAACAAAGGUAGACGUGGGCGAGGGCUCCUGCAGCGCAAGAAGUGAUCAAAGAAAAAAUGAAAAUCUUGAAAUAGGCAGUUGGAGUUUCCUCCAGAGCCUUUCCAAGAUUCCAACGUGUCCUAAAGAAGCAAUGGAAAAGGAAAACUCAUAUGUUCAUAGAAAAUCUUCAUUUCCAAAACUAACUGGGAAAAGCCUGGAUCUUUGUACUGAAAAUUUGGGAAGUGAAACAGGUACUGAAUGUAUCACAGGCAGCACCUGUAUUUUCUCACUGGACACAUUCAGUUCUCAGUGUGAAACUUCAUCUCCAAUGAAUCAGCAAAAUCAAAAGGUGCAUCGACAGAUGAAAUCUUUAAGAAAUAAUAAGAUGACGACUUGUUGUCACAAUUUUCCACCGCCCUUGACAACGAUGAGCAGAUCGAGUUCUCUCCAAAUAAGGGCUCGCCGUGAAGAUGGAAGGCUAAUCAUCAAAGCAGUCCAGUCCCCAUUUAGGCAUUCUUAUCUGCAAACUGAAAGAAGCCACGGCCGCCUUAGGCUGUCAUUUGUCCAAGAUUAUGACUCAAAAUUUGAUUCUGAUCUUAUAAUGAUCACGGAAGAAGAAACUGAAGCUGACUAUCAAUUAGAUGAUAAAAUCAAAAACGAUGCAAAUGAUGGAGAUCAUGAGCUAGAAAAUGAAAAAAUUGUAUCAGAACAAGAUGACGACGAUGAUGAUGAUGAUGAAUGCUAUGUAAAACCGACUGAGGCUACGGAUGUAGAAUUUGAAAUGGAGAAAAAUCAGAGGCUUACCAGGUGCAAUGAAGGUGGACAUGGUACUAAAGGAUUGUGUAAUUUGAAGCCUGCAUUCUGGGUGGCUACUUCCUAA